CGAACAGGAAGUGUGUUAUAGAUUCGCGGUGUUUGUCCCCCACGCGAGCUCAUCACAUUGAGGGUAGAUGGAGUGCCAAUGAGAAAGCACUAAAUGUUGUACUGGUGAAGUGGACAAUGGGAAGUAAUUGAGAUUUGGCAUCAUGACUGAAGACACGUUCAGAAGCUCGCACACGUCCAUGAAGGUGGCUGCCUUGCAUUUUGUGGAUCUGCCUCUGUCUGUCUAUUACUCUCUCCCACAGGUAAGUCUAAGUGCCGGUACCAAGAAGCUCUUUGCCGCCACUGCCUUUGGUGCCGUCUCCCUCAUCUUCCUCGCUCGUCAUUUCAGAAGAAGAAAGGGCAAGAAGAAAGCCAAUUCACCUGUAGAACACAAGAAGUUUGAGUUCCUUACCUGUAUCCCGCUGACAAAAGACAUUGGCAGCAAUAAUGAAAAUCCACCUCUGAACAUGAAGAACUGCUACUCAUGUAGUGUGGUGUCCAAUGGCAGCCUGUACAGCAAGUUCUCGGGUUCCCUUCAGAGCCUGGCCUCAGUGAGGAGCAGGCACGCCUCCAGCAGUUGCACCUGUGCUAACAGCCCCAGCUGCUGGGAUGGAGCCGGAGAUGAUGGUGAUGUCUGUAACCUGCUUAACAUCCCCGUCGCCACUCCAGAGAAUCUCUACUUGAUGGGGAUGGAGUUAUUUAAGGAGGCCCUCCAGCGCUGGGAGCAAGCGCUAACGUUUUGCAGUAGGCGCAAGGAGGAUGAGGCUAGCUGUGAAUCAGUUAAACUGGGAGCUGGAGAUGCCAUAGCAGAAGAAAGUAUCGAGGGCAUCAUCACUGGAGAUUUCAUCCAUAAUUUGGAGUCUCUGCUUCAGAAUGCCUAUCGGCUACAGGAAGAAUUUGAGGGAGCGUUGGGGCUGACAAACACUUCAACGCAGCCCAGUAAUGACAAACACACAGAUCUCUCUAUGAGGGAGGACCUGGAAGGCACCUGCCUCAGAGACUCAAUCAGCAUUGCCUCUACGGAUUCCUUUGUGUCUGCAGCAGAGUUAUCUGAGCACAAAGAGAUGAGGAGUGCCUAUGCUCUGGGCUCACUGUGCCAUUACCCCCUCUAUGAGGAGGCUUUGCAGAUGGCUGAAGAGGGCAAGAUAUCCUGUCGAGUUCUACGAACUGAGAUGCUUGAAUGUCUUGGAGACACUGACUUUCUGGCAAAGCUGCAUUGUAUUCGACAAGCAUGUCAGAUCAUAUUAUGUGAAAGGGCAACUAGAGCAUUUUUGUCUGACACAGGAAAGAACAUAUUGUCUUCAAUAAUUGUCAAAGCAAGGAAGAGCCCAAAAAGAUUUGAGGAGGUGUUUGGAGAAAUGAUCUGCUUCCUGGAGAAAGAAGAUCACUGGGAGAACACAGAAAUUGAGCUUUCUUCAAGAGGGGUAAAGCAUCUAAACUUUUAUGACAUUGUUCUUGACUUUAUCCUAAUGGACUCAUUUGAGGAUCUUGAGAAUCCACCAAUCUCUAUCCUUAAUGUGGUCAAUAAUCGCUGGCUCAACAGCUCCUUCAAAGAGACCGCUGUUGCAUCAAGCUGUUGGUCUGUUCUGAAACAGAAGAGACAACAUAUAAAGGUGCAAGAUGGCUUCAUUGCUCAUUUCUAUGCAGUCUGUGAACACAUAAGUCCUGCACUGGCCUGGGGGUUCCUGGGCCCUAAAAGUUCCUUGCAUGACUUCUGCCGUUUCUUCAAGGAGCAGGUACUGUUCUUUCUAAAGGACAUCUUUGACCUGGAGAAAGUGCGUUAUUCCAGUCUGGACACUCUGGCGGAGGACAUCCUGCACCUGCUUCACAGACGCUCAGACCUGCUCCUGGCUUACCUCAGUGCAGACUCUCUCCGUCACCUCAAUGGCUGUGCCAGCACACCUUUGCACCCGGUCCCUAGUGCUUUACUAGAGGCCCGAGUCCAAUGAGCAACUGUCUUUCUUCUACAACCGCCACAUUUUCGUGGACAUUUUUACUCCAGCUCUGGAAAGCACUGCAGUUGAGAUCCUGGUUUCUGUGUUCAGUGCAGUUACUCUUGUCCUACAUGUAUUAGUGUUAUGUUUAAAAUUAAGUAGGAAGAAAGGGUGAUGUGGUUUCCCCCCCAAAAAUAAAUUCUUCAAUAACUCUGCACAACAAAUUAUCUGAAGUUAUAGGGUCUUUGUAGGUGAUGUAUUGAGACUUGUGAGCAUAGGCCAGUGUUUGGAAAGGUAGGGGUGUUUUUAUUUAAGGUGGCUCCCUUUCUUCAGGUUGCUAUUAGUCUCCCAAAAGUUCUUGACAAACUGACCUCAAUAGUAGUCUGCAGAUGAUACGUUUCUUAUCAGAAAGAAUGUAGUGGCCAUAAAUAAAAUAAACCUGGGCCCUAUUCAAUAAAGCCAUCAAAAGUUAAUGAAACACAAGCAAUAGCAGUAUACUUCUAUUUUCAUUAAAACAGUGAAUGCCAUGAUGUGCAGAUGUUUUGUUGACAAUUGUAACAGCCAUUUGGGCCAAUAAACACUAAAGAUACUUUUCCGCCAUUGGACUAAACAUUUAAACUUAAGAUCCAUGUCAUUCUGUACCAAUCAAGGCUGGCUUGCAGGGUUUUUCUCUUCAUUGUGGUGCUCUGAAUUCAGGACCAGAAGUAACUGACUCGGCAAGUGACCAAUUGUGCGUUGUAUGUCCUAAAGCUGUUCCACCAGCAUGCUUGAAAAUCCACGCUGGGAACUGUUUGUAAUUUUUGCCAUAAUCUAGCUGUGCUCAAGUGCAAAUGCUACUAGAACAGUUACUUGAUGUAACUGUUCUAGUACCAUGGCGGAACAGCGUUUUGAGUUGUAUGAACUGGAGCAUUCAA